AUGUUCUUUAUGCAAUUUUUCGUCUCUUUCUGCACACCCAAUUCUCACAAGAUUUAUGAAUGUGGCAGCUCCAGCAGUUUGGCCAUCCGCAGCCGGUUCGCUCGACCUCGCCGGGCUUUUGUAAAGGUCGCCUGCGAACGCGGCACAGAGCACGAGGGAGUCGCAGCGACUGCUCGGCGCUUCUGCGACAGUCUUGUGUUUUGGAACAAAUUGCAUAUGCGUCUUGAGAAUCGGUUACAAUUUUUGUUGUUCUGCUUACUUGGUGUUAUGUACAAAGAACGAUGUUUGUUUGACUGUUGGAAAGCGGUUCUGACUCUCACAGUACUGGAAACGAUGUAUCAUUAUUGGAAGUACGCAAUCAGUGCACGUCUGAAUGCAGAACUAUCAACAUCUGCGGGGUACUGAGACAUGCAGGUGCCCUUCAAGCAGGUAAUCACGAAUGUUCACACUUUGGAGUUCUUCAGAACUCGGUGGAUGCCUAAGUGGCUGUGAAUGCGCAG